UCUUCUAAAAGAUAUUCAUCAAAUACAAAAAAAAAGAUUAAGCUACGUGGGAUAGUAGUAAACCUUUCUAAAAAAUAUACUAUAAUUAACCCUAAAACGAGCUUGAGGAUUCUCAUGGACCCUUGAAUUGCUUGGUCGGUCCAUCUUCAUCUCUAUCCAUAAAUUAUGUGUUAUAUAUAUGUGUGUGUGUACACAUGCGAUAGCUAGUGUGGAUUAUAUAUAACAUUAAAAUAAUAAAAGCAAUAUACCUUCAGGUAAAGGGGAAAUAAUAUUUAUUAUUACCAUUGAAAAAGACUCAUUUGAUCGAGAGAGGAAACGAAUCAUUUGAGCCAAAAGCAUCUUUUCUUUUGCUAUCUUUUCAAAUGCUUACUUCUUUCAAAUCCUCUAGCUCGUCCUCCGAAGAUGCCACCGCCACCACCACCACUGAGAAUCCUCCUCCUUUUUGUCAGCUGGCCUCUUCCUCCUCCUCCGCCUCAACCUCCGCCUCCCAUCACCUCCGUCGUCUACUUUUCACCGCUGCUGAUUUCGUCUCCCAGUCAAACUUCACCGCCGCUCAGAACUUACUCUCGAUCCUCUCCCUCAACUCUUCUCCUUACGGUGACUCCACCGAGCGGCUCGUCCAUCUCUUCACGAAAGCCUUGUCCGUACGGAUCAACCGUCUACAACAAGAACAAGAUCCUACGGCUGAAGCGGCUGCCACGUGUACAGCGAACGAAAUGACGAUGGGUAACAACAGCUCCACGGUGUUCACGAGCAGUGUAUGCAAAGAACAGUUCUUGUUUCGGACCAAGAACAACAAUUCUGAUUUCGAGUCUUGUUACUAUCUUUGGCUGAACCAACUGACGCCGUUUAUCCGGUUCGGUCAUUUAACGGCGAACCAAGCGAUCCUCGACGCGACGGAGACAAACGAUAACGGAGCUCUACAUAUACUGGAUUUAGAUAUAUCACAAGGCCUUCAAUGGCCUCCAUUGAUGCAAGCCCUAGCAGAGAGGUCAUCAAACCCUAACAGUCCACGUCCAUCUCUCCGCAUAACCGGGUGCGGUCGAGACGUAGCCGGAUUAAACCGAACCGGAGACAGGUUAACCCGGUUUGCUAACUCUUUAGGUCUCCAGUUCCAGUUUCACACGCUAGUGAUCGUAGAAGAAGAUAUCGCUGGGCUCUUGCUACAGAUCCGAUUGUUAGCUCUCUCCUUCGUACAUGGAGAGACCAUUGCCGUCAAUUGUGUUCACUUCCUCCACAAGUUCUUUAACGACGAUGGAGACAUGAUCGGUCACUUUUUAUCAGUGAUCAAGAGCUUGAACCCUAGAAUCGUGACAAUGGCUGAGAGAGAAGCGAAUCAUGGAGAUCACUCGUUCUUGAAUAGAUUCUCCGAGGCCGUGGAUCAUUACGUGGCGAUCUUUGAUUCGUUGGAAGCGACUUUGCCGCCAAAUAGCCGAGAGAGACUAACCCUAGAGCAACGGUGGUUCGGUAAGGAGAUUUUUGAUGUUGUGGCGGCGGAAGCGAGGGAGAGAAAGCAAAGACAUCGGAGGUUUGAGAUUUGGGAAGAGAUGAUGAAGAGAUUUGGUUUCGUUAACGUUCCUAUUGGAAGCUUCGCUUUGUCUCAAGCUAAGCUUCUUCUUAGGCUCCAUUAUCCUUCAGAAGGUUAUAAUCUUCAGUUCCUUAACAAUUCUUUGUUUCUUGGGUGGCAAAAUCGUCUCCUCUUCUCCGUUUCAUCGUGGAAAUGAUCCAAAGAAGAGGGAAAAAAACCUAAAAUUUAAAUAUAAUAUAUAGAGAAAAAGAUCGAUAUUUUUUUGUGUUAGGGCAAAAUAUUUAUGAUUUAGCAGAUGACGGAGGAGGACGAUGGCUCCGGC